UUCAUCAAUAGCACUACCAGAUAUCUUAAGAAAUAUUGGUACAGCUUUAUAUCGAAUUGAAGGAUAUAUCAAUAGCGAUAUAUCAUUUGAUCCAAGUAUUACAUUGAAUGGAAUACAGAUCUCAGUAACAACUAUCUGA